AUGCAGCAACGCAAGCAAGCCGCAGCAGCAACGGUAGCAGACAGUUCAGCAACAAAAGCAGGCGGGGAAGAAGUCCAACCUGAACAAGUGAUGGAGGAGUUGCCUCAGCUGGAUCUCUAUAUGGAGGCGAUCAGUAAAGUCAGUCAGUCUAUCUAUCUAUCUAUCUAUCUAUCUAUCUAUCUAUCUCAUCAUACAUACCGAUUUCUCUUAGCUUUGCCAUAUGCUAUCUAUCUUACUUUGAUUAUUUCUAUUUAUAUAUCAAUCUUCAAAAAACUUCAUUCUCAUGUGUCUUUGACUUCUCAUAUUCUUUAUCUAUCUAUAAAUAUUCAGUUUCUUUAUUAUCUUUCUGUUAUUUAUUCUGUUUCCUUAUUAGCUGAUAUCUAUUAUUUUUAUAUCUAUCUAAAAUCUAUGGACGAUAUUUCAAUGCCUAUAAAUGAAGUGCUUUCUUUGUAUAGGUUGAUGUCUUUUUUUCUGCAUCUUUAUUAG